CAUAGAAGAAUUCAUUAUACAACAUCUAAAUCUUGCCCUACUCAACUAAACAGCAUUUUUAGACUCUGCUAACAGGAAGCAAGGGUGAUUUACUCUGUUAUAUACAGUGUACGUAUAUGCCAAAGUACAUCAUUACAACUUUAUGAGUGCUAUGUUAAAAUGCACUACUUUUCUACCCUGUACCUGACACCUACAGCUUGGUAAAAUACCGGAACCUUUGUGGCACAAUUCCAACAAAUGACCCUAUCCAGUGUUUCCCAGCCUUUAUUGAGCCAAGGCUUAUAUUUUACAUUGGACAAAUGUCACACAACAAUACAUAUACAGGUGAAUUAUGUACCUUUUGCCAUCUCGUAGAAGAGCAUUUAAUUGUUCUGCCUGUCACACCAGCAUACGUCGCUAGCAUGGAUAGAUGAACAAAUAUACAUUAUUUGUAGUAAAUAUACAAUAAUCGGAUCAUUUCCCGUGUCACAUGGUACACUAAUGUGCCUUGGCACAGGGGUUGGGAAUCGCUGCAUUAGUCUAUACAUUGCAGGGCAGCGUGUAACAGACAGAUACUUUAUUAAUCUCCAAGGAAAAUUCACAGCCAGAUGCCAGCUACUGUAGAUUAGCUGUGCGAAAGUAGUAGUACAUUACAUAACCCACACUCCUCGGCACCUUAACAGCGGUGCUGGUCAGUGGGUUGAGAUAUUGGGCUUUUCACCUACUGGCUUGUGUGCUUGACUCAUUUGGUGGGGAUGUGUGGUCACGAGAUCAAGCCUGGAAUGUCCACUGGAACCAGUACACACCAUUCUGAAAGCAUCACAUCUGAAAAUUUGGUUUAAUUAAUCGUUUUUGAUGUGAUUGGGUUACGAACAAGCUACAGAUACAUACAGUAUCUGUCGGCCGUAUGUUAUUUUAAUCGGUUUAAUCAGCGUCCAGUCAAAAUGCAAAUGUGUCGCACAGCUUGUAAAUACGACCAUUGUUGAACACACUAUUGGAAAUAUUUCCUCUAUAAAUGUGUUUCUUAUAUAAUAUAUCCUCCUACAGACCUUCUGAGCAAGACAGGCCUUUUCAGUGAAGUGGAUUGUGCUGAUGCACAUGAAAUACUCUAGUUAAGGUGCAAUUCUCUGAUGUGCUAAUGUGGCCAAAUUUAACUUGCUGCAUCAUUUAUUGGGAGCUACAGCUGCGAUUGCAGACAACUGGCUCCAUUUUGAGCUCCAUUUCUAUUUGGACACGUUCAUGCUCACAGUGCUUCUGUCUGUUUUUGCUUUAUGUAGAUUACAUGUCUGCAUACAUUGAAGUAAUUGUUUUAAGUAUUGUGAUAUUAUAACGUGAUUUCAUGUUGGGUUGUAUGAAGCUACAUUUGGCCUUGAGCUACAUGUGUCAUAAAAUCGGGAAGAUUCAUUGGGGAUUCAAGUGAUUGAUGCCUCAGUAUUCAUAAGAGGAAAGCGUUCCACAAAUAAAAACCACGAUUCAACGAGUAAGGCUUUGUGUGACCCGGAAAAGGGUCUUUGUUCAAACAGCACGAUGGUGAGGAGGUCAAGAACGGGCACAAAUGUGCGCCGUAUGUUAUUCAAUGGUGAAGCACUAUCUAUUAUUUAAACAGAUACAAGUGCUGUUUUCACACAGUUUGAAUGUGCUCCUCUACAGUGGUGUGUGUCUGCUGUAGGUCAGAGUGACCUUGUCUCUCCCUGCAAAAGGCAGAGUAUGACAUGGAGGUGGGUUAGACAACCAAUGUUAAAUAUUUGAAUUAUUGCACUAUGCAAAAGAAGGACUGCAUCCUAGGGCCAGGUAAUACAGUGGAUCCCUGCAUUCGGGGAUGUUUGAUCAAAAAAAAUUUUUAUUUGUGGGAAAAACCACCAUUUUGUGCUAAUAAUGUCCAUAUUUAGGCCAUUCAUUGAUAGAAACAGUAAAACCAAAAAAAAAGCUUGUUAUUAACACUCUUGCACAAACCCAAAUGCCUUCCAAAGUAACACACGUGGAACACACAAUGUAACUGUACCACGUAGACCAGUGGUCUCCAACAUUUUUUUUUGUGAGAGCUAUUUUACACAAUGAAAAUGACCAAGAGCUACUAUUUUUUUGUAACAUUUAUUUUCAUAGCUUAUCUCAACCUAAACAAACCCAAUAUGCUUGUUUUACCAGAGCAUUAACAAAAUGCUGGUAUCCACAACUCACAUUUUGUAUUUCAGAAUGCAUUUCUUUCUCGUGUUCUCACAUUAUUAACUGAAAACCUGAAUGAGAAGCUGACUUGCGGGCGCCUCAUGUGGUUGUGGUGGGCUACCUGGUGACCCCUUACAUAGACUUUUUGGAUAUCAAAAUACACACAUGCACAACAAUGCUAUUUUAUACUAAUUUUCAACCCGCAAGGCAUGUUGGAAAGCCCACAUGCACCCUUAACCAACAUGAAGUUACCCAUCAUGCCUUGCGGGUUAUACAUUAGUAUAAAAUAGUAUUGUAUUGUGUGUAACCAUUUAUGUUAAUACCCGCAUUGUCCGUGCAGUUACAUUGUGUAUUCCACACGUUACUUGUGUUAUUUUCCGUUGCGCCAUGAGUGAGGGAGGCAUUUGGUUGGAUUACCUCUUGUUGGUUUACGUUAGGUUGUCAAAAUUUACAUUUUUCUGGUUGUCACAAUUAUGUGGAUUUGUGGGUGCACCGUAACACCUGUGAAAAGUGGGGAUCCACUGUGCAAUAUGUAAAUGCAAGCGAGUGUAAUCUUUCAAUUGCAGCAUUGUUGAAAAAGCCAGAAUCUUUCAAGCAAUUUGUUUCUAUUUUUAGUUUUUGUUACUCUGUACUGAGUUUUCUACAGCUUGGUCUGUGUGACAGGUGGAUGAAAACGCUUGCAAGCAGUGGAUCACCGCCCCUUUAAUGGGCGUAUUCCUGUGUCAGUCUUCGGUCUACUUUCCUCUUUCAUAGUUACUCUGGCUUACUUCUGGCAUCACAUUCUCAUUAGUUUCAGUAGUUCAGUGCUAGGAGCAGUGUAUAUAUAGACACCAGAUAGUUUUUCAGUCCUCAUGGGUCUUAUUGAAACUAGAAUUUGCACUCCUCUCAAAAGCCAAGCUGCAAAUCUUACAGAGAAAAGGUCUUCUUGGUCGUUUUUAAUGCCGAUUUUCUCCCUUGGAAUAGGCAACUGCUUAGAUUCAGACCUCACAAUGGACAGAGAGCUACGUCCUGAGGAAAUGGAUGAGUUACGGGAUGCGUUUAAAGAGUUUGAUAAGGACAAGGACGGUUUUAUCAGCUGUAAAGAUCUUGGAAAUUGCAUGAGAACUAUGGGAUACAUGCCUACUGAAAUGGAGCUGAUCGAACUGAGCCAGCAGAUAAAUAUGAACCUGGGAGGCCAUGUGGAUUUUGAGGAUUUUGUGGAGUUGAUGGGUCCAAAACUCCUUGCCGAAACAGCAGACAUGAUAGGAAUAAAAGAAUUAAAAGAUGCCUUCAGAGAGUUUGACACAAAUGGAGAUGGUGCCAUAAGUACAUCUGAGCUACGAGAUGCAAUGCGUAAGCUUCUGGGGCAUCAGGUGGGUUUAAACGAAGUGGAGGACAUUCUACGGGAGGUCGAUUUGAAUGGGGACGGGCUUGUUGACUUUGAAGAGUUUGUACGCAUGAUGUCUCGCUAGGACCAUGGAAAGAUCAGUCUUGAAUGUGAAGCGUUGUCCCUUGCUGUACUUUAUCAAGUAGACGAGGACAGGCUACGAUCUCUGAGCCAUUCAAAAAUUGACUGACACUGGAAUUUCGGGCCCCUUGAAUGUUCUGGAGUGAAGAGUCACCUCAAACUUUCAAUCAAUAAGUGUUCUUCCUGAAACGUCUCCAGUCCAACUGAGGCAGAACUUGCUGUAGCCUAGCUGAUGAUUGUAAAUUUGUGUUCUUGCACUUUAACUCUCACUCAGUAACUUCCUAGUGUCUCGUCUCUUCUUCUACAUGGUGGCAUGAAAUGUCUAAAAAUGUUGCCUUCUAUGUUAGACAAUGUCGGGAUGAGAGGAAAAUACGGUAGAUAGUAGACACAGUUUGUGAGUACACGUUGUUAAAUGUCCGAGUACAUUUCCACGCUUGAUGUGUGUUGAUUCAAACGUGUUUGUGGGAUGUCCUCUGUGUCACAUUGGUGCUCCACCUGGGAGCCCAUGUAGCAAUACAACCAUCUGUGAUCUGUCACUGUGCCAGUAAGCACCACCACGACAGUGCAAUACUUCUUACAUAUGUUAUUUAUGACAUCAUCGGCAGUCGAUUUCAUUCUGAGAUCAGGGGUGUCCAAACAUUUUCCACAGAAGGCCACAUAAAGAAAAAUUUAAGCUACAGUAUCUGGGAAAAAAAAUCAUAGCAUUGUAUAGGUGACAAAGCACAUUAGUAUAUUAGUAUGUAAUGACAUUAGGAUAUAAUGAUAUAUCUCAUUAUUAAUGAAUUGGUUUUAUUUUAACAAUAUGCCAAGAGCCAAUAAAAAGCAAGUUGCUUGAUUAAAAAUGGCCCACCAGGCCGCACGUUGGACAUCCUUGGCUUAGACCGAUGUACUUCCUUAAAAGCUGAAAUUUAGAGCACCAAAGUUCUAGCUGUCUCUGACCUGUUGAAGUUCUUCACAGCACAGGCUAGAAGUCCCAUAGUUGUCAGUCUAGCUCUGGUGUCAUGUAAUGUUGGAAUGACAUGUGUGAGCAGUCUUUACAGUGAAUGUCAGUGUCAACAUGAUUGUACUUAUGCUAAAGUCCCUCAAGUCUGUGUUGUUCAAGCAAAUUCUAUGCAUGCCAAAGAGAGAAGUGGAUUCAAUUCAGUAUGCACAUUUUGUCUUACAUAGUCAACAGCAUACUUUGCCGAGUGCAGUGUACACAAUAAAGUUGAUUACAUUUCAGCUCCAUUUUACUGGUCAACUUGUGACUGUGAGUUAUCAUACUGGUGUCAAUGAUUUUUCUAUGACAAAAAAAAGAACUUUUGGCUUUAUUGCAUCAGGUCAGUGAUGUCCGAACUUUUUCCACCGAGGCCCGCAUACUGAAUCAAAGAAUGCGGGGAGCCACUUUACAUUUUGUAAAAA